CUUUGCAACAGAGGUAGGAAACCACACCAGACUGUCUUGUCCUGCUUGAGUGUCCUGCCUGGUGUGUUUUCAGCUUUGCUCAGAGAGAAAAUGUCUUCCCGAUCAGAGGAGGAUCUCUCCUGUCCCGUCUGCCAUGACAUCUUUAAGGAUCCUGUUCUUCUGUCAUGUAGCCACAGCUUCUGUAGAGACUGUCUGCAGAGCUGGUGGAGAGAGAAACAAACACAGGAUUGUGCAGUUUGUAAAGAAAAAGCUUUACAGAGUGAUCCACCUCGUAACUUGGCUUUAAAGAACCUGUGUGAGACCUUCUUACAGGAGAGAGAUCAGAGAGCUUCAGCAGGGUCUGAGUCUCUCUGCAGUCUGCACUCUGAGAAACUGAAGCUCUUCUGUCUGGACCAUCAGCAGCCAGUGUGUGUUGUCUGUCUGCAUUCAAAAUCACACGCUGACCACAGAUUCAGACCCAUCGAUGAAGCAGCACAGGAUCACAAAGAGGAGCUUCAGAAAUCCCUGAAGCCUUUACAAGAGAAACUGAAGCUGCUUGAACAAGUUAAAGGAAACUGUGAUCAAACAGCAGAACACAUUAAGGUCCAGGUCCAACACACAGAGAGGCAGAUUAAGGAGCAGUUUAAGAAGCUUCACCAGUUUCUACAAGAGGAAGAGGAGGCCAGGAUCACUGCUCUGAGGGAGGAAGAGGAGCUGAAGAGUCAGAUGAUGAAGGAGAAGAUUGAGGCUCUGAGCAGAGAGAUAGCAGCUCUUUCACACACAAUCAGAGCCACAGAGGAGGAGCUGAGAGCUGAAGACGUCUCAUUCCUGCUCAACUACAAGGCUGCAGUGAAAAGAGUCCAGCAGCGCCCCCUGCUGGAGGAUCCACAGCUGGUCUCAGGAGCUCUGAUAGAUGUGGCCAAACACCUGGGCAACCUGACCUUCAACAUCUGGAACAAGAUGGAGGAGAUGGUCUCCUACACUCCUGUGAUUCUGGAUCCAAACUCUGCUCAUCCAGACCUCGUCUUGUCUGAAGAUCUGACCAGUGUGAGAUGUGGAGAGAAACAGAAGCUUCCUGACAAUCCAGAGAGGAUUGUUAAUUUCACCUCUGUCCUGGGCUCUGAAGGCUUUGACUCAGGGACUCACAGCUGGGAUGUUGAUGUUGGAGACAGUACAGGCUGGUCUGUGGGUGUGGCUGCAGAGUCUGUCCAGAGGAAAGGAAACAUACAGUCUGGAAUAUGGAGUAUAGGAUUGGCUAAUGGUGAAUGUAGAGCUUUCUCCCAGUCAGCCGAACCAGUGGUUCUCUCAGUGACGGAGGAGCUUCAGCAGAUCAGAGUUGAGUUGGACUGGAAAAGAGGAGAACUGUCAUUCACCAGUCUUGAUACUGAUGCACACAUACACACCUUCACACACACUUUCACUGAGAGACUGUUUCCAUAUAUUAGCAAUGGAGAUGAAUUUCCAAUUAAGAUUUUACCAGAGGUGGAUGAGGAUGGAUGAGGAUGAUGAUGACAGUUAAGACAAUGGUGACAGUGGUGACAGUGGUGACAACGUCUUGGGCAACCUCUUCAAUAUUGAAGAUGGCAAUGAUCUAUACUUGUAAACUGAUGUAUCAUCAUCAUAUCAAUCUAACUGAUUCUGACUUUAGUGUAAUUUCACUGUAGCACUGCAACAUCACAAUGAUUAUUCUAGAAUAACUGUUGAAAUAGACUGAGAACAGGAAAAACCUGUGACAUGAACAUGAGACAAAUGGUUGUUUGUAUCUAUAAGUCAGCUCUGUGAUAGACUGGUGACCUAUCCAGGGUCUACCUCACCUCUCGCCCAGUGUCAGCUGGGACUGGCUCCAACCCUUAAGGAUAAGCAAUAUAGAUAAUGAAUGGAUGGACAUGGGACAACUCUAACGAUGAUCCUCUCUGUAAAAUUACACUCAAUUCACUUAAUUCUACUCUUUCAGUCAUUUUAUGUCAUUUUGUGUUGUGAGAUUUUUUUUGUUAGUAGAUUAAUGUCUUUUGAUGAAAUAUAAAAACAAACAUACAAAUAAUCCUGCCUGUAAAAGAGUUAAAUGUCAUAUUAGUUUCAGAGUUGAUUCAGAAAGUAGUUUGACGAAACAUCUAAUUUUAAAUUUCUCUUUAUUUUAGUAUUUUAAUAUUUGCUCUUGAUAGUUCUGUUCUUUUGCUUUGAUCCUGAUUUUUCAGGUCUGUUGUUUUGUGCCUGGUUCCUUUGCCUCAUUUGUUGUUCCCUUUCUUGUUAUACUUUUUUGUAUUGCUUAAUACAGUGACUGCCUAUAAAUGGAUUAUUUUGGGUGUAGAAAGUUUGAGAUUUUGUUAUGUUUGUGAUUUAGGAACUGAAUCUAUCACUGCUGUUUCUUUCCAUGUAAAUCACUCUGAAUGAGAAAAUCUGACUAAAUAGUCAAAAUGUAAACUUUAAAUUACUGAAAUAAACUUUCAACUUGUCCUCCACAUUUGCUUUGGAAACAGUGUUUUUGCGGUACUAUGAGGACAAUAAGGUAAAUGGAAAUGGAAUUAAAAAGCUGACUUGCUUACAUGAGAAAACCAUCUUACUGAAAAUCAAAGGACAGUGGCAGUGACAGUAAAUUUCAGAGUAAAAUGGAAGUCAGAGUUAAUGUUGAGCAACAGCUUGGUUAAAGUUCAGCUUCAGGACAAACACCUGACUGCAAGUUGCAUUUGUAUCAUUUUGGUUGUGAAUUAUAAAAAUGUGUCUAACACUGAAGCAAAAUGUGUUUAUGCAUCAAUACCUUUAUACAAUAAAACAAUAUUGUCACACCUUAUUUAAACUAAGUUCGUAUUGUUGUUAACGCAAGCCAAUCGCCUGUAAUUACCAAAGAACAUAUCUCCCUGUGGUAACCAGGCCAACACUGUUUGAAUGUGAUCAGGUCAGUUUUUGUUAUAAAUGUUACCAGCCUUAUUAUCUCACUGCAGAUCACAUCAUGUCAUUCUAGAUUUGAAUAUAUAUGUACUUUGCAUUGCCUUUUGAAUUUUCAUUUGAAUUUGACCUUUGCUGAGAGAAUAUUCCAGCCAUGGUUUGUCUUUGUACAAUGAGCUAUUCUAAAGCUCUUUGCCUUUCACAUCUCAAAUUCACAAAUUUAUGAGCUUAAAGAUUUUAAUUAUAAGUCACAGUCUCCAGGAUCACUGUUUGAAACACCUGCAAAAUUAUAUUUAGAAUAUCUAUAACUCAAAGCAUUAGUCAGUUUGUAAAAACAAAAAUCUAAAUACAUUUCUGCUCUCUAUUAUAAAUCAGUGUUUGGAAUAUGACACACGUGAAACUAAUUUGUUUAAACCUCACAAUAAACAAACAAUUUGACUCAGACUUGGAGAAUACAAACCUUACAAAUGUAAACAACCCUUAAACAGCAUAUAGAGACAAUGAAUCUAUAUAGUUGUUACACAUUGUUGAUCCCGGUGUUUGUUUCUGUCUGUCCCCCCCCCCC